UUAUACCUUAUUUAUUAAAUAUCGGAUCUACUACAGGUUACAGAGUAAUUCUCGCCCAGUUCAGCAAAGACUUACUGAAGCGGUUCUUGAAGACCAUCGGUCCUUUCACCCUCGCGACACUAAGCAUUCGGGCUGAUCCUAUCAAACAAUCCAAGAUGGCUCCUCGUGUCUUCCUUGUUCGCCACGGCGAGACGGAGUGGUCCCUCAAUGGCCGCCACACCGGCAGCACUGACAUUCCCCUCACUGCAAACGGCGAGAAACGCGUCAAAGCCACUGGAAACGCUCUCGUGGGCAAGGACAGACUCAUCGUCCCUUCUAAGCUUGCCCAUAUCUACGUUUCUCCCCGGAAACGCGCUCAGCGUACCUUCGAGCUCCUGAACCUGGGCAUCAAGGGCAUCCCCUGGGAACCCCACGGAAAGACCGAGAUACCCGGAAUUCCCUGCAGUGCCCACGUCGAAGUCACAGAGGACAUUCGCGAGUGGGACUACGGUGACUAUGAGGGUAUCACAAGCCCCGAAAUCCGCCGCAUCCGAAAGGAGCAAGGCCUGGGAGAAGGUUGGGACAUUUGGCGGGACGGGUGUCCCGGCGGCGAGAGCCCCAAAGACAUAGACGAACGACUAGACCGCCUGAUCACGGACAUCCGCGAUAGGUGGCAUCGUUCAGUGAUGGAAGGUCAGGGGAAGGACGGCCACGGCCACCCUGCUGGGUCCAACGGCGACGUCCUCAUCGUCGCCCACGGUCAUAUCCUUCGUGCUCUGGCGCUGCGAUGGACCGGACAAGAGCUCCACGCCGGUCCCGCAUUCUUGUUGGAAGCAGGAGGCGUGGGAAUCCUGAGCUACGAACAUAACAGCAUUGACGAACCCGCGAUUCUCCUUGGUGGCGCUUUCGUAGUGGAUGUCGAUGAUCCUCCUAGUGGCAAGUAAAAAUACCCGACAGACCGUUUUGGCAGCAUUGCAUAUUCAGACAAAGUACGACCAGCGAGUGCCCCUGAUUUCUAGAUGUCUGUUUACAUCUAAAACGGAUCCCUUGUUGGAUACAUAUCGACCUACAGACAAAGGGCAAUAUCCUCGCGACAGAAUAGAUCUGCCA